GUCUACAACGGCUUUAUUAGGCGGAUUUUCUAUACAUCACCCGUAUUUCUCUACAGAACUGAGCAUUCUACGCAAACACAAUCGGUCGAAGGCGUUGCUACGUGAAGUAUAAGCUCUUCUUUAUUGUUCUUGUUCAUUUGUGUGUGUGUCUGUGUCUGUGUUUACUGUUGUUGUUUAUUUUGUUUGUUGCAACACACAGCGGAAGCUCUCAAAGUUGUUUUGAGGGUCCACAACUGAAGAGAAAGAGUAGCUCAGGAACCAAGAAGGAUCAUCUCACACUUAGCACGCUCAGAGAGCUGCAGAUCCACUUGACUUGAUCCUCUUUCCCCCUUUCUUUCUCCUUGGGAACUGACUCUGUGCUUUGUGUCUCUCUCAGUAUACCCCCAUAUACAAUGGCAUCAACACACUCGGCGGCUAUGGAAACAGUGUCGUCCUUGAAGUCCACGCCUGAUAUCGAAGUCAACUCGCUGCAGCUGACACAGAGUGAACCUAAGAAAUCACCAAGCGUGUCAACUGUGUUAUCAGUGGAGGCUGCGCUGGUUCCAACAAAGGAAGAGAAACAUCAUCUACCUUCUGUGAAAUUGGAAACAGCUGCGGAUGAAACGAUACAGCAGAUACUGACACAGCAGGUGUCGCCGGAGAAGAACAAGGUGGUACCGUCCAACGUGCCAUCAUCUAUGUCCACGGGAGUGUUUACACACUCGAAUACGGAAGCCAUUGCUACGGUGCCGGCAUCAGGUAUGGCAAAUCAACCAGACUCGAGGAAGGACAGUGCUUCAAGUACAAAUACCAAAGUUAGUGCAUACGCAAGACUGGAGUUUGAGAACUUUAUCUUUUACGUACAGACUCUUCAAGUUGUAUUGGGCCGGAAAUCUGAAAAUGACCAGUCACAUUCUGUCGAUGUUCAUUUGGCAAACUCGAAGGCCAUCUCCAGAAAACAUGCAAAGAUUUUCUACAAUUUUGGUACUGAGCGAUUUGAGUUGUCUAUCCAAGGUAAGAAUGGUGCAUUUGUUGAUGACUCGUUUGUUGAACGCGGUGCUACGGUGCCAUUGACAAACAAGUCAAAAAUCCAAAUUGGACAGAUCGUGUUCAGGUUUGUUCUUCCGGGUGCUACACCAUUGGAGAAGACUGAGAGCCCUUCAAAGCCAAUCAACCCAUCGGAUGCAAUAUCACUCAAGUCUACGCUCUAUACGAACCAGGGGAAUAAUGAUGCAUACGAUCAAAAUGGUGAUGCUUCACCUUUGACAAGUAAGGACUUUGAACCUGUUACCAGUGCUAAGGCUGCUGCUGUCGUUGCCUCCAAUGCUCCAUCCACAACUGAAGUAUCAGCAUCAUCGUCACAUGCUACAGUAACGCAAGCUCAACCAACAGUGAAACAGAAUACAACUGAGUCGGAUAACACAAUGAAGAAGAAGGAAAAGAAACCGUCAAAGCCUCCAAAAGCUCCAAAGAAAGUGUAUACCCUUGAAGAGAUCCCAGAAGAGUAUAGAACGAAACCUAAUUACUCAUACUCAAAUCUCAUUGCCACGUGCUUGAGAACGCAUGGUACACCUAAGGGUAUGUCUCUUGCUGAAAUCUACAGGUCGAUAAGAGACAUUUUCCCAUACUACAAGUACUGUCCAGAUGGCUGGCAAAGUUCUGUUCGUCAUAACCUAUCUUUGAAUAAAGCAUUUAGAAAGGUGUCAAAAGAAGGUAAAGGUUGGCUAUGGGGUCUUGAUGAGGAAUACUGUGCUGAAAAGGAAAGAGCGAAGAAGAAGCAGGCUGCGGCCGCUGAGGCUAAGGCCAAGGCUGCUGCAUUGAAGUUUGAACAACAACAGCAACAGCAGCAGCAGAAGUUACAACAGCGGAAGUCACAGACGGCCCAGAACUCUCAGCAUCCAUCGCAUCAGAAUGUAGUGCAGUUGUCAAACACACAGGGUCAACAGUUGCCGCACUAUCAAUUGCAGAACUUUCAACAGAAUAGCAUCACAACACCAGCUAAGUCUGAGCCUUUGAAGAAUGUUUCUGUUAAUCAACCCAUCACAUCCACUCCCCUACAGCAAGGUCCUCAGACAAGUCCAUUACUUCAGAGACAGUUACCUCAGCAGAUAUCUCAACAAGGAUCUCCGCAGCUGAAAACUCCUAGUAUACAAGCACAGUUGGCUGCAAACCGUGGAAUUCCUUCACAGACUGUACAACGUCCAACGGUGCAGACACAGACCCAACAAAAGUCCAAUAUGUUAGGUGCAGAUACGAAGAAGGCAUUGACACACUUACAACAACAGCUUGUGUUAUUAUCAAGGGACCUGAAAACCCUUGUUGAUAAACCAACGAUAUCGGCCAUCUUAACACAGGCCAUAGCGAUGACUAUUGCCCAGGUUACACAGGCUGCUAAGGCCAAAGGACUCAUGACGGAUCCGUUGGCUACUUUAAUUGAGACAAAUCCACAACAACUGACGAAGAUUUUGACGGUUGCAUUGAAUGCAGCUACGUUUAAAGUUACGAACGGACGAGUGAAGGCACCGAUUGGUAAUGCACCUGGAUCCUCUACACAGAGUCGGGCCAGUACACCAGCUGCUGCUGUUCCUGCGCCUAUAAAGGCACAAGCAAUGCCUACUAAGCUGCGAUCGAAUCCUUCUCCAAGCCCGGUACAUGUAAAGACUGAAGCACAACAAUCUAUAUCGAUGCCUUCAUCUGCCAACCAGAGUCCCCCAACCCAACUACAGCCAACUCAACCAUCGAAGAGCGUAUCGGUUCCACCAGCUGUACAAACGCCGAGAAAUGUCCCUUCAGAUAAUGGUUCAUCUACUGCUGCACCAGUUACACAACACCCACAGUUGAUUCGAGGAAUCUCCUCUGGUGCUACACAGCAGAGUGCGGCCAGCUAUGCCCAACAGGGUCUAACGACGCCAGCAUCACAACCCCCAGUUGCAGGUGCUACGGUUGUUCCUUUGGAGACCAACCCUGCAACAGGAGCACCGCCGUCUAUUCAGCCUUCUAAUUCUGUGAUGCCGCAAUCUGUGCCUCAACAGAGCACAAUAAAGAAGGAUGUGACUCUAGAUGAUAUACACGACCCUGAAUUCGACAAGGUUUUGGAAUCUUUGUCCAAAGAAGCUACUCCAGGGUUGGAUGAAGUUGCCAGCAAGGACGUGAUCGACGACGAUGAGCUGAACAGGCUUCUGGCUACUGACUUUACUGGGUCAAGCUCAGUCAAGAGAAAAAUCGAUGAAGUUGAUUCAGCCGUUAGUAACGACAACAUCAAACUGGUGAAGACGGAAUGA